AUGGCGAAUCCAUCUCAUAAGGAUUGGUCCAGCAUAUUGGAUGAAGUUUUGUGGGCCUAUCAGACUGUGUUUAAAACACCAUUAAGGAUGUCACCUUUUAAGAUUGUUUAUAGGAAGCCAUGUUACUUACUUGUUGAGCUUGAGCACAAAGCAUUUUGGGCUAUUAAGCAACUGAACAUGGAUUGGGCUGCUGUUGGUAAUAAAAGACUCAAAUUGUACCCUGGUAAAUUGAAAUCUCACUGGUCAGGUCCUUUUGAAGUAGUUCAAGUAUUCUCACAAAGAGCUGUUGUUAUCAAAGACAUGAAAGCGGGUGUUACAUUCAAAGUUAAUGGAGACCGCUUGAAGCACUAA